AUGGAGUCGCGCUCCAAUGGAGCACUAGACAUAAUUCUGUCCAAACACUUGGCGGAACAAUGGACUGCUCAAGGUGCUAUCGGACAUGCUUUGUGCAAAAGAGGCAGUUCUAUGGCCACAUAUGCCACUCAUCGACAAGUUUUGAUAUCUUGUGCCCUGCUGACUGGCGCUGAACACAGUUGUGGCUUUGACUAUGGUUUGUGUUAUGGCUGGGCAGACGAUCAUUACCAGGAUGUUUUUGAUUGGACCAACCAGUAUGGUUCCACUCCUUCAUACGAUACAGGACCAUCCUCUAGCCAUGGAGGAUUUGGGAAAUACAUGUAUAUAGAGACAUCUUCACCUCGGCGUCUUGGGGACAAUGCCAUACUUGAGUACUCUGUAUCAAGUAAUGAUAAAGGGAAAUCUUCCUGUUUAUCGUUUUAUUAUCACAUGUACGGAGACACAGUUCACACCCUUAAUGUGUUCAAUGGAGGAACGAAAGUGUUCACAAAAUCAGGAAACCAGGGAAAUCUAUGGCUGAAGGGAAAGAUCAGUAUAACAACGUUACAGAAUAAAAUAAAGUUUGAGGGAAUCAGAGGUACAAGCUUCACGGGUGACAUUGCAAUUGAUGACGUCUCUAUCGUCCCUGGAAUUUGUAAAGAAUGCAAGGAGGCGUUAAACCAAUCUUUUGGAAGACUGGACAUAAGAUAUACGAGUAAAUUUGAUCCUUACUGUAACUGGUUGAUCGGAAACGGUGGUAUAUCUAAAAAAUUUGCUGUUGUUUCGAUCCAUCAACUGUACUUUGGCCACACCAGUGAAUACGUCAAAGUGUUUGAUGGAAAUGGGACAGAGGUUGUGUCCAUAGACAGACGGAAUUUGUCUUUGACACAUUUCCAAGAAAUUUCAUUCGGAUCUUCCGAAAAUGUUACCAUUCAAGCUUCACUUAUCUAUAGUUUGAGCUAUAUCAACAUUGACUACGGUAUUAUGAAUCAAGCUUUUGAUUCAGCUCGACCCCUGGCUAACUGGAACCUCAAUGUCGCGAACAAAACCACUACAAGUAUACGAAUAUACUGGAAUAACCCAGCUAAUGAGCUCAGUUUUGGAAUAAGUUUCUACGUGGCCAUUGCUGAAAGAAUGAUGAACGUUAGCAACGUAUCCAGCGGAAAGUUACUACCUGGAAACACAACAUCAUCCGAGAUAACAAACCUUGAAAUUUACACGGAAUACAACAUUUACGUUAUCAUCGUGGAUAGCAAAGGGACACCGUUUAAAAGUGCAGUUUUUGUAACUAUGACCGACGAAGGAAUCCCGAGUAGAGCGCCGAGUGGUAUACGAGUGACAAGUGUGGAGUAUACAACUGACCUUUUAGUGGAAUGGAACCCUCUAUCUCAGAUCUAUGCAAAUGGAAAGAUUUUGGGUUACAUCAUUUAUUAUAGAGAAGAUGAUAAUUGGUGGUCACCGUAUAAAACUAUCAACACAAGUGGUAUUUAUCCAACGCAGUUCGUGUUGAAAGGACUUAAGCCGGCUGAGAGAUAUCGUGUUGCAGUGGCGGCUUUUACAUCCAAAGGACGAGGACCGAUGUCGUACGACUACUACGGGACAACGGGUUGUUCUCAAAAUUUAAUAAAAGCCUUUGGAGAAAUAUUCUAUUCGCCAAACAGCUACUAUUAUCUUCGUUGUUAUCUAAACAUCAUGAGAGGUGGUAUACCUGACGCUGUAGCUGUAUUAUCAGUGCAAGAAAUAAAUCUUGAAUACUGCAGCGAUUACACAAAGAUUACCGAUGGAAACGGCACUGAAGUUUUAUAUCAUAAUGGCUGCAAUGAAAAAUUUGCUCCAGAAAUCCUCUUUGAUGUGCAUUUUGGUUUGUCCAAUAACAUUUCAAUUCAAGUAUACACAUAUGGUUCAAGCAGUAGUAUCAAAAUAGAGUACGCCAUUUUAAGGCAGAGCCUGUCCUCGGGUAAGUUAACUUCAGCAGCCACACAAUUUUUUCGCGUUCUUAUCCAGUUUUCAA